AUGAACGAUAAUGGGGAGAGAUUUGCGGAAUUGUGUGCGCCUAACAACCUGGUCAUUGGAGGUAGCAUCUUUCUACACAAGUGGAUCCACAAAAACACCUGGGUAUCACCAGAUAGUGUGACAGAGAACCAGAAUGACCACAUCUGCAUUAGCAAGAAGUUUAGAAGAUCCCUGCAGGAUGUUAGAGUUAGAAGAGGAGCAGAUGUGGAAACAACACAGUGUAGAGUGAAGUAUGAUGUCAGCCGCCUAAUGAUCACCAGCGUCAGGGAGGAGCUUGGACUUCAGUUGAAGAACAAGUUUGAGGUGCUACACGAGCUGCAUGAGAAAGGGGAAAGAAGCGAUGUACAGGACAGCUGGCAGAAAAUAAAAGAGACACUGAGAACAGCCUGUCAAGAAGUGGUCAGAGCAAAGAAACAUCACAACAAAGAGUGGAUCACAGCUGAAACCUUGGGCAAGUUAGAAGAGAGAAAGCAGAAGAAGUUGGCAGUAAAAAAACAGCAGGACUAG